AUGUCGGAGAGCAAGGGCAUCUCGCUGCGUCGUAAGAAGACGACAGCAGCGCGCCCGACCAUCUCCGCCCCGACCCAGUUCCGCGAAGGCAGCAAUGGACCCUCCCGGUCCAACUCGGAAUGGACGGUUGCUACACAGGACUCGGGAGCUACAUCACGGGACAGAUCGCGAGGAAGAGCGGACCAGACCAGCGACUUGGUGAAGCGGAGAUACAGCACGCGAUUCACGGGAGGUCCAGCUCAAGAUGGCGCGCCUCCGUCAAUGCCUGCAAUGCCCACGCUGCCGCCUCAAUUCGUCGGUGCAGGCGGAUCUGGGCCGGGGAUGCGACCUCCGCCGUCGCGGGAUGGAGACAGCAAGAGCAGAGAUCGCGGGCAGGGAACAUUGAAGGUGGAUAUUCGCGCGCUGAAGGAUCCCAAUCUACAAGUGGAUAAGUACGUUCAGAGCAUCCUGUCCGAUGCGACCGAGAGCGACAUCACGGCCUACCAGAGAGACCUUCAGAAUGUCAAGGCGCAUACAGAUGCAGACCUCCAGCACAAUGUCUACCAGAAUCGAACGCAAUUCGUCAAGAUUUCCAAGGAGGCCGAUAAGCUGAAGUCGGAAAUGCGGACAUUACGAACGUUGAUGAGCGAAUUGACCGGCGCUUUAGGGCAUGCGACAAGCGCAGCUGGUGCAGACAUCAACACAACGAGCACACUCAGCUUGGCCGAUAGGAAGCGCGCAAAUAGGAGCAGCGUUGCCAACUUGGAAGCCAUGUGGAGUACCCAUCUACAGACAUUGUGGAAAAGGGUAGAGGGGAGCCAGAAGUACCUCCCUGCCUUGCCAGGACGACACAUCAUUCUGGAGAGUCAGAGGUGGGUGGAACUAAACGCUGCCACUUGGAAGCCAAGGCGAAGGGUUGCAUUGGUCCUGCUGAACGACCAUCUCCUGGUUGCGACGGAGAAGAAACGAGCUGUAGAUGCCGCACCGGCAGGCCAAGGCAAUAGAAUGUCAAUGUAUAAUCCGGGUGGACAAUCUCAGACAACUCUGGUCGCGGACCGAUGCUGGCCUCUCCACGAUGUUUCACUGGCGGAUAUCAGCACGAGAUCUUCGACCUCCAUGGGUCAGAGCACGUCGAAAGAGAACAAGGCGAUCUCGAACGCUAUCAAUGUGCGUGCAGGCAACGAGAGCUUUACCUAUGCCACAAGCGACAGUGCCGACAAGGCUGGUCUCAUCGUCGCAUUCAGAAAGGCUCAGGAGGAUCAGCGAAAGCAGUUGGCCGCCGAGCACGCCGGACGAGAGAAGAAACUAGACGAGCUGGCAGCAUUUACUGGACGUGACCCAAGAUCGCUGAAGAAAGCCGCAGCGGCUGGCAAUGAGCAGCAAGGCGAGGACGGCAAAUUAGGUGGCCUAAGCAGGAGUAAUUCUGUGCUGGUAGACGCCGACGGGAGACCGCAGAGUAUACGCUGGGUGGAGUCGCAGAUUGAUGGGCUCGACAUCGACAUCGCGCUACAGAGAUUUGAGGAGGCAGUAGCUCGUGUGGAGAGCCUCCGCAAGAUGGCGCGUGGUAUCAAAGGCAAUGCGACAGCCCAGGAAAUCAUCUUGGUUAAGGUGAACGAACGCGCCAGUCGGCUUGCUAACAAUGUAGCACGGCAGUUGGGAUAUGCUAGUGGAGGAGCGGAACGGACAAAAGAGAACGUCUCCUGGCUGCUUCGCCUUGGGUUUGAGCAACUGGCACGGAACACCUACCUUUCAAGUCGCACAGAGACGAUCCGCAUGCGCACCAGACAACUUCCGUUUACAGGCGCACUGGAGCCGUACCUGCAUGCACUCUCCUAUACUACAUUUACUCUAUUGGUGCAUACCUUCCGAACUUUCAAUCAGUCCUUCCCGGCUUCGAGUGGGAGUGCUGUUGUACGAUGGGCGAAAGAGCGUGUGGACGAUUUCAAUGCUGCACUUCACCGCCAGCUGGGCACUGUGGAUCGAGAUAGCGAUGUCUGGAACUCAUGCAUUCAGAUCAUCGAAGAGCAGGCUCUUGCGCUCGGAGAGGUUGGCGUCGACUUCAAAGGACUUGUUGCGAAGGAUCUUACGGGCAGUGCUGGAGCGGCGACCAAUGGAGCGCGAGAACCAGUUGGACUGGGAGUGAGCACAUGA